CAAACUUUCCCAGUGUUCUGUCCUUCAGCGUUUGGACGUGCGCGGUUGCAGCUCGCCUUCUCCUCAUAACUGGAGUUAAACUUUGGGCCGCCCGGCAUGUUCAGGUUAAAAUAAAUUCCAGGUUGGCUGUCGCGAAAUGAAGGUUAGGAUGUGCUGCGCUGGACUGCGGAAUCUUCUCCAGGGGCUGACCUUCAGUGCCAAGUACUACUCUAAGCAUAACCCUCCUCAAACAGUGUGUCCUUACAGUAAAACUGGACCAAAAAAGCGCCACAUCCUGGGCUGUUCAAAAAGUACGUGCACCCACAGGACUGCACCACCUGGAAGCAUCCUGCCAUGCAGAUUCUUUUCCUGCAAGCAGGAAGGAACCAAAGUCCCUUCCAAAAGGAAGCAAAAUACAUCCAUAGACCUUUUGCACAAGAACCUUCUGAAAUCAGAGCAAAAAAACUGGAAUAACAUUUCACCAACAUACAAAGCUAUGACAAAGAGGAUCAAAGAAAAACUGGAAGAAUUGCACAACAUGUAUACACUCAAUUCAAGAAGCCCAAAGAUGAGGUUUGGAGAGAAUGUGUACUUUGAAGAGAAUGGCUGCAUAUUUCUUGCAAAAGCAGAUGAUGGUGAAGGACAUGCUAAGAUUUUAUUCAGUGUUGAAGAUCUUGGCUUUUCUGAUGCCUUUAUUCAACGGAUCAGAAUUUCACCAGAUCAGAGAUACAUGGCCAUCAGCUUAAAAAGUGAAAAUUCUGAAGAAGCAACCUGCAUUGUUAUGAAACUUGGUAAUCUUCCUGUAGUGGAAAAAGUAAUUCCAAGUGUAUUUAGUUUUGAAUGGGCUGCAAAUGAUAUUCUGUAUUACACAACUCAGAAGAACCUUAAAUGCCAGAAUGUAUUCAUGACCACUUUCACUUACCAGAAACAUACUAAGUUAGUUUAUACAGAACAAGAUGCAAGAUUCUUUGUAGACAUUUAUUGCACAAAAGACAGGCAUUUUCUCACUAUCAACAGCAACAGCAAGACAACCUCAGAAGUUUGGCUGGUUGACUGCAGACGUCCCUUUGAGUCACCUGCUCUUGUACAAGCACGAACCACGGGGGUCAUGUACCACAUCGAGCACAGAGAGGAGCAGUUGUACAUUCUUACUACAUAUGGAGAACCUGCAGAAUAUAAGUUGAUGAAGGCACCAGUAGCUUCCAGUGGCAAGGAGAACUGGCAGUUAGUUUAUGCACUGGAAAAGAAAACCAAGCUAGUAGACUUUGAGAUGUUCAGUGAUGACUGUAUUAUGUUCCUGAAGAAUGCUGGUCAUCUUUACUUAAAUGUGAUUUCUUUUGUUUCACACUCUGUUCAGUUGAUAAAGCUACCUACGUGGGCCUGUGAAUUUGAAUUGGAUUCUCAUCCUGAACAUACCACCAGCACCUGCUAUUUUCAGCUCUCCUCCCCAGUACACCCCCCUAAGCGUUUUGCAUAUUCAUUUAAAGAAAAUAAUCUCAUUGAACAAGCUGUGCAAGAGGUACCAAUUAUUACGAAUUGUCACACUACACGUUUACUAGCUAAAAGCAAGGAUGAAACUUUGGUGCCAAUUACAGUUUUCCAUAAUAAGAAUUCUAAAGAACUACACAGGAGACCACUUCUAGUUCAUGUAUAUGGAGCUUAUGGCAUAGAUUUGAACAUGAGCUUUAAAGAAGAGAAGCUGAUGUUAAUUGAAGAGGGUUGGAUAUUAGCAUAUUGCCAUGUUAGGGGUGGAGGAGAGCAGGGCCUUAGCUGGCACAGAGAUGGAUGUCAGCAUAAUAAACUCAAAGGUCUCCAUGACCUCAGGGCUUGCAUCAGGCUGCUGCACCAACUGGGAUUUUCUCAGCCCAAACACACAGCACUGGCAGCUGCCAGUGCUGGGGGAGUUCUCGCAGGAGCCCUGUGCAACACAGAUCCAGCACUGAUCAGAGCCGUGGUUUUACAGGCUCCUUUCGUAGAUGUUCUAAAUACAAUGAUGAAAACUCAUCUCCCACUGACAAUUGAGGAACAAGAAGAAUGGGGAAAUCCAUUAGAAGAUGAAAAAUGUAUGAAGUAUAUCAAAAACUAUUGCCCAUACCAGAAUAUUAAGCCACAGUGCUACCCAUCAGUUUUUAUCACGGCGUAUGAAAAUGACGAACGGGUACCACUAACAGGAAUUUUACAGUAUGUGCAGAAACUCAGGAAGGCUGCACUAGAUCAUGCCAGCAGAGCGAGUAAGAAAGGAAAUUGGAUUCCUAAUAUCAUCCUAGAUGUCCAGGCAAAUGGCAGUCAUUGUGAUUCAUCCUGGGAGCACUCACUGCAUGAGGUUGCAAGACACCUUGCUUUUCUGAACAGAGAACUUGAGGAAGUGUGCCAUCCCCAGCAUCACAGCAAAUCCUGCAAAUAACUCCUAAACACACUGGCCACCUGAAAAACUUUGGGUCAGAUUUGGAUUUGUAUGGAAGGCAAACACCUUCUCCAAAGGAUCUCUCCUCUUGGAUCUCUGCAUUAAGGGCACAAGCACCACAAAGCUGGGUGUGGCAUUGCCUUAAAAAAAAUACAGACCAGGAACUGGAUUUCUGCCCUGCCAGGCUGUGCAGAGGCAGGUGCCAGCAGAAGUGAGUUUGUCCAGCAGCUCUGUUCACGUGAGCCAGCAGAGCAGCGUGACACGAGCAGAGCUGGAGCACGUAGAGCGUCACAGGAGAGCCACAGGUACUUGGCACAGGCAGCCUUCCUGUCCAAGGCAUCUCUUGCAAGGUACAUCUUACAACAGAACUCCUCUGAAGCAUCUGACAUUCAAAUCUCACUACUUCCAGAACUAAUUCCCAUACGUAGGUGAUGGUGAUUGCUGCCCUCUCUAUCUGCGCAGCAGCCAUGGUGUACUGAUCAUGUGGUGGCACUGACCAAACCGCAGAGGAAAGCACUCUCAAGAAUGGGAGUUUGAGCAGAACUGUGAUCUGAAUAAAUUAAAAAUCUUGCCUACCUA